AACACUUGUCAUCAUACCUCGUAGAAAACAUGGCUGCCAACCAGAGCACAGAGUGGAGGACCGUGUGCGAGAAAUUUCGUCUGGCCCAGGAACUCUCCGAAAUAGAGUCGAGAAAAGACCCUGAGAACAACCCUUUCCGAUCGAAAUACAAAGCUAGAGACCUGUUGAAGGAAAUCCAUUGUUCGUUGAAAAAAAAUCACAUCGAGGAGGAGGAGGGCGAGGCUGACAAUGAAGCAGACGGUGAGUCCAGGCAGAUGGCGGAUGGAGAACCGGGGAAUGAAUGUGGGAAAACGUGUAUUGGAGACUCUCCAGCCGGUCUGCGAGCGGCGAGGCUCGCGGUGGUGCAUUACUAUCUCGGCGUGAACCACAUAGAGACCGAGGAGCUGUCAGCUGGAGAGCAGCAUCUGAUGAACUGCAUGAAACUCAUUGACAAGUGCACAACGACACGGGAGAACGUCUCGUUAUUUAUACAGGCCCGGAAUCAGCUCGGCAUUUUGUGGGCGGGAAGAGAUGAAAUCGAAAAAGCACAAAGAUUUCUGGAAAUCGCCGAAUCUAUGUAUUUGCUCUACAUGAGAGAGACACGGUAUAUGGAGGCCCGUCACUGUUUGGCUGCGGCUAGUGUCAUUGCUACUCUUGCAGGAGAAAUCCCCUCAGAAGCAGCUGCCAAAGAAAGUGAUGCUGAAUGUGAAAAGCGUGAAGAGCUCCUGCAGAAGCGAGCCGAAAUUGCCAGAUGCUGGAUUAAAUAUUGCCUUAAUCUGAUGCAAGAUGCUAAAAAACUUCUUGAGGAUAAUAUCGGAGAACUAGACUUAGAGCGGCAGGAAGAAUUGAAGAGGGCACGUCGGAAUGAAGAGGAAGAAAAAGAGAAGGGAAGAAAAAGCGCCAUCCUUUUUGGUUCAAGCGAUACCUUUGACUCCAUUUGCAGCCUGGAAGAAAAAGUAAGCAGCAUGCUUCCACUAGACUUUGAAGAAGCCCGUAGCAUCUUUCUGAUGGGUCAAAGCUACGUAGCCCAGGCCAAAGAGUAUUUCGCAAUGGAUGGUCACGUGACAGAUCACAUUGAGAUCUUGCAGGACCAUAGUGCUCUCUUCAAGGUCCUGGCCUUCUUUGAACAGGAUCUAGAACGGCGCUGUAAGAUGCACAAACGUCGCGUCGACCUGCUGGAGCCAAUCUGCAAGGAUUUGAAUGCUCAAUACUAUUUGUUAAUCUGCCGACAGCUGCAGUUUGAACUUGCAGAAACCUAUUAUGAGAUGAUGGACCUGAAGUUGGCUGUGGCUGACAAGCAGGAUCAGCCAGAUGUGCACACCAUAAAGAAGUUUAACCACUUGUGUUCCUCCUCUAUGAAGUAUUAUCAGAUGUUCCUCGACUCCACCCGCUCACCAGAGGGAAAGUUUCCUGAAAAGCUGGAGGAUGACCUGUUAAGGCCGGCGCUGGUGGCCAAAUUCCGUCUCGCCAGAUUACAGUCCAAGCUUAUUUCCAAUAACCUGGCCACCCAACUGGAGAAUCUCACCCACUCCCUGGAGUCAUACAGUUUCGUAGUGCAAUACUGUGAGGAGAACCCAGAAGCCAAGAAGGCUGUUGAAACUGAGCUAGAGUUGAGUAUUGAGAUGGUCUCCCUGCUUCCUCUUAAGAUCAACAGAAUUAGAUCCAAAAUGGCCCCCUGCAACUAACAGGCUGUUGAAAACAGUUCAUUGUUGUCCCUCAUAUAAAUAUGAACACCUGACAAAUAUACACUACCCCUUGUUCAUUGCCAGAUCUAAUGAGCCUUCCUAGGACCACCUUGUAAGAAACUCCUUCAACUGUAGAACCAUUUAUCACAAACUCUUGUGGACUGAUGUAACUGCAUGAUUUACAGUCACUAAUUUAUUUUCAGUGUGCAAUGUACAAUUGUAUUUAAUGCAGUAAAAUGUUUGUUUCAAAUAUCAUGAUUGGUAUGUUUAGCUGGCCCAAGAUUUAAGAUAUAGCUGUACUUCUAUUCAAGCAUUUUAUGCCAAUAA